CUGAAAAUUCUCGUAAUGAGCGUACUACAUCUGGUAUUUUAUCCAUCUCGCUCAUGUUAUUCUGAAAUUGUACGUCUAUUGCCUGAUCGGUUACUAUGGGAUUUGUUGUGUUAUUAAGGACACUUUGAACUAAGUUGGGUCCAUUCGUUUCUAGGGCUUGGGCUACCAUAGUUUUAAUUAUGUUUACCAAUUCUGGCGAAAUUUGGAUAGCCGGAGCCGAAGGUCCUGCUGUAGCAGUGGGAGCAGCAUUCCCUAGCAAUGAUGGCCUAAUCAGGUUGUUUGGGUUAGACAUUUUUGGAGAGGUCCUUAUAUGAUUGUGUUAUUUAUUUUGUUUUAAAAAAAAUUUAUGUUAUCCUUUCUAGGAACGGGUUAUUUAUACUCUAGAGGGUCCGGUCAACUCCUGAGUUGGCUACGGAAUCGCAGAGAUAAUUAAUGUUAUUUUGUUACUAAAAAUAUUUUUUUUAUAGGCUGUACAAGCCUUAUUUUAUUUGAUUUGUUUAUAUUAUGAACGAUUUUGUAUUGUUAAAUUUGCUUAAUAUAAAUUUUACUUUUACUAAUUUUCGUGAGAGGAAGAGAAAAAUAUAUUUCCUUUUGUAUAACAAUUCACUUGAUUCUUUUAAAAACUUUCACAAUUUUAAAACAAUUUUUGUUUUGAAGGAUAUUUAAUGGAAAUACAUACAUAUUCACUCUUUUAAACUUUUGAAUUCUUUUAAUUUAUUUUGGUUUCUACAAAUUUUCACAAUCUUAACCUAUUUCUUACAUUAUGAUCAGCUUCAUGGCGGCUGGCAAUGAUGAUUUGGUCCUUUUUUCCUUCUGGAUACUACUGGGUCACCGUCUUGCUCCAAGUUGCUCACCUUCCUUCCUCAAGCAUGGGUAAGGAAUUUAAAUUCAGCUGCUUUCUCUUUGGCACUACUUAUGGUACCUUUUUGAGGUUUUAAUUAUUCGUUGGGAUUGCUCCUUAUUUAGCAUUACUUAUGAUGCCUUUUUACCGAAACUUCCCGUACCGGAUAACUAUUUCGAGGUGCUUCCCGUUUAGCACUGCAUAUGGUGCUUUUUUACCGAAACUUCUCGUGCCGUAUAUUUUAGGCUCGGGCGCCAGUUAAUGACUUAUUAAUUACAAAGUCAAAAAAAAAUUAAUAUUUUAUGGUCAAGAGUGACCUUUAUUGGUUGAAAUCAACUUAACAACUAACUCUAAUUUACAAUUAAACAUAUUCUUAAUAUUGCCUAAAUCUACCUGCGUCAGCACUUUUGGUUAACGUUAUGGCGGAUGUUGGUUUCUGGUUACUUUCGCUUAUGCGGCGCAUGGCGGAUGUUGUUCCCAAUUGUUUGUUUCUGCUGACUAAACGUCUCGAAUAUUUCCUAUUGGGUGAUAGUUGACGUCGGCAGUUAUUGGUUUACUUGCAAUAUUUCUGGUGUUAACUUGCAUGCAUAUGUAUGUUUAUAUCUUCAUAUUCAUAUUCACGCUAUGUAUUUAUGUCUCUUCAUAUUCUUGGGUAUGUGCGACAGAGAACAUAAUUAGGGAGUUCACAAGUCGUACUAUUUGUCGUAUUUGGUCUAUUGGCUAUUAAAUUAUGAAAGUUGUAAAACGAAUCUUGUGAGCGCCCUGUACUAUUUAAUGCACUAUUGCAUGCGCUAUUUCUGCAAUUAAUCAGCUGAUUCAAACAAAACAGAAACAAUUCAUAAAAAUUAAAAUGCCUAGAAGAAGUGAAAAGAGCAAAUUAAUAGCUGCAAUUUGCGAAAAAUACUUACAAGACAUACUCAUGUUGGAAUUAAGUGAUGACGAUGAGCAGGAAGAAGUGGAUGAACAAUUUAGAGUGAAUAUGCUUAUAUUAUUGAACAAUCGCCGAAGUGCUCACUUAGGAGUUUCUAAGUCGAACCAUUGGGAGAGGAAUGUAUUAAAGCAUUUUGACGAAAACAGAUUUUGCCAAAUGAUGCGCUUAAACCAAACAGAAUUUGCUUACCUUCUAAACUUAAUAAAAGAUGAUGAUGUGUUUCGAAAUGAUUAUAACGCAGCACAACUUUCGAUCGAUACACAACUUAAGAUCGUCCUUUUUCGAUUAGGAUCAUCAGGUGAAGGACUUUCGGUUCGUAAAGUGGCAUCCUUGUUUGGUAUAGGAGAUGGCGGUACCAUUCAGAUCGUAACCAGGCGAGUUUUUAAAGCUAUUAUUAACUUGAAACAAAGGUUUUUAUACUGGCCCGAUGAAAGGGAGCGAUUAAAGCUUAUUGCAGCAACAGAAAAGGAAUUGCCUGGGUGUGUUGGAUACAUUGAUGGGUCUGAAAUUAAGUUGGCCGAAGCACCUGUGAGGAAUCACGAAAUAUUUUUUUCCCGUAAGCGCCAAUAUUCUGUAAAAAUUCAAGUUAUUUGUGAUCAUCGGCUACGCAUAAGACAACUUACACUUGGUUACCCGGGAAGUGUUCAUGAUGCGAAAAUGUUCUCGGGAUGUUUGCUCUCAAAACAUCCCAAUAGAUUUUUAUCAACCUCGCAAUGGAUAGCUGGAGAUAGUGCAUAUCCAUUAAAGCCAUUUUUAGUAACCUCGUUUCGGCAAAAUUGUACAGAAUAUAGCAGAGAAGAAAAAGAAAAUUUCAAUAAAUACUUUUCCAAAUACCGCGUACCUAUUGAAAAUUGUUUUGGGGCCUUGAAAGAAAAAUUUUCAAGUCUAAAAGAACUCAAGUUCAGAUUGCACACUAUCCAAAACAAGAGAGAGUGUAAUGAGUGGAUAAUGGUCUGUUGUAUUUUGCACAUUUUUAUAAAUUUCAACAACGAAGAACAUGAAAGCAGCGUGGAACCCAGUGUAAAUUUAUUACCAUCAACAAACCUUAGACAUAGUAUACUGAACUUUAUUCAAAACCAACCUAUUGUUUAACGUUUUUUCUUAUAUAUUUAUCAUUGAAAUAAAAAAAUUAACUUUACCUACUAGUAUUACCCUCUACUUUACCUGUACAGAAUUCGGUAUGACGCUAUGCUUUCAAAUGUUACAAAAAAUAAAUGAUUAAUUUCACUAAAUCAGACAAAUUUUAUUUCAUUUAAAUUGUUUGGUUAGACAUAUAUAUACGAGUAUAUAGAUAUACACAUACGUACAUUUGUCGGAUUGUUUGUUUUCUUUUGUUUUUUAGCUUUUAUAGAAAAGUAAACAAAUAUUUAUUUUAUAAAUUACAGCAUUUAUAUAUUUUAUAAAAUCGUAUAUAUGUAAGUGUUCGUCAUAUCUAAAACACCAAAAUUCAAUGUAAUACAGUUUGGAACUUACGUUUACUAAUUUAUUUUCAAUAAUUUUUUAUAAAAGUAUAGCUCAUUCUAUAAUAUAAAUUGCACAAUUAAAUAUUUGUGAAUUUCGUAAAAAGCUUGAAACUUUUAUUUGUAUGGUUUAUAUUAUAGAUAGAGCUAUACUUUUAUAAAAAAUUAAUACUUUAAAUUUUGUUGUUUUAGAUAUGACGAACACCUUAUGUAAUUAAAAUGUUUACAUAUUUAAACUCCGGACUAUCGCAGCGUUAUUAAAGAGCUUUCGGCUGUUUCUUAAAACAAUUUUUUGGCACUUCAGGCGUAACAUUAAUUAAUUGAAUGUAUAAAUAAAAAUAUAAGUUAACGAAAUU